AUGUCAGGGGUGAAAAGUAUUCUCAAACUUGCAAAGACCUCGUUGGAGCAAAAUGAUCCAGAGGCGGCGUUGGCCCAUUCAAAAGAAGUUAUAAAACUCGACCCGAAGUCUUAUUAUGCAUUUGUUUUCCAAGGUAAGGCAUAUCAGCUUUCAAAUGAUCCAACGAAAGCGAUCACCUCAUUCAAAAGGGCUAUUGAAUUGGAACCGAACAACCUACUUGCAUGGAAGGGGUACUUUCAGAUAGCAAAAGGAUCUAGUGAUUACGAGCAAUUCUUUUCAGUGUUGACAUCAUUGGCAAAAAUAUAUAUUGAACAAGGCACAUCAAUUUCUGAGUUGUUGACGGAAAUGAGAAACUACUUGGACGAUAACAAUGUCAAGGGAAAUGAAAAAUUGCAUGAAUAUUAUUUGAGAUCGAUCUUACCAGGAAGCGAACUUGGCGAUUUAAUUGGAUCACCAAUUGAGGGCCCCUCAUAUACGUAUAAAAAGUUGAUUGAUUUGAAACAAAUGCAAUUGGAGAAAGAAAUUGUUGCCAAGGUGUCGAAGGAGAGAAUAAAGUUUGGAAGAUCAAUUACUGUGGAACAGAAGGCAAGUCUAGAUGCAAUUUCGUGGUCAUAUUAUUCUGAUAAUGAUUUGAUAAAUCUAUAUAACGAAUUUUUAAAUAUCUGUGACGAUGAGCAGUUAAGGAAAACCUAUCAAGAGAAAUUUUUGAAACUAAAAUAUGAACUUUUGAAAAUAUGUCCAGAGAAGGAGCCAAUGAUUCAGGAUAUAAAGCUGAUGGUUGAAGAUAUGAUUUUUUUGAAAACAACCAGUUUAUUCUGUUGGAACUUGUACUUGGAUUGGAAUGAUGACAAAUCGAUUGAUUCAUUGGACGAAGAUAGAGUGAUUGAGUACUUGAAGUUGUUUCAAAACGAGGGAUUAGGUCUUGUUUUGUUUGGGUUUGUCAUGAGUGACAUCUCCCCUUACAACAAGGACAAAAUUGUGAAAAGCUUGUCUGGUAGAGAGGCUGUACUGGAAAAAAAGAAGGAGAAAGAAGAAGAAGAAGAAGAAGAAGAAGACGAUUCUGGGUUGGAGGAGUUAGUGGAUGAAGACAAUGAAGCCGAUAGUCAACUAUAUUUGCCACAAGAGGAAGUGUUGGGAGUGUUACUAAGUGGAUUUAAAAAGGCCAAAAGUUCAGUAUUGGCAAACAGAAUUAUAGUCAACUAUUAUAUUCACUUGAGGCAGUAUCACCUUGCAUCUGAGAGGUGCCGAGAGGGAAUCAAAAUUUUGGCCGAUCUUCAACGGAAUUUUGGGCUAGACUUGAAAAACACAAAAGAAGAUCUAUUGUGUUCCCUUGCUACUGUGUAUACAUAUUACGAAGCCCCCAAGAAUUACACUCGUGCCAUUCAAUUGUACGACAAGAUUUUGUCAACCAAUCCGGAUAAUGUGAAGGCGAAGGUGGGAAAGGGAUUGAUAUACGUUGAGAGGGGGGAAUUGAGCGAAGCCAAGGUUCUUUUAGAGGAGAUUGUAAGAGACUAUCCUUCAAACUUGGAAGCUGAAUCUGAGUACUAUUGGUGUCUUGUGAAGAUGGGUCAACACAAUGAAGGUAGAGGUGGGCUAAAAAAGUUUUUGUCAAAGAUUACAGGUGGGGACUUGCAUAGUCGAGAUAUAAGGGCCGUUGCAUUGUGGCGGAUAGCCAAGAGCUACAUUGACACCGGUGAUGUUGAUGAGAGCUAUAAAAAUUUGAUUGAAUCUUUGAAGAACUCCGACUUGUACGCACCGGCGUAUACCUUGUUGGGUGUUCUUUUACAAGACCAUUAUGGGGAUCUCGAAAGAGGUCAAAAGUGCUUUUACAAAGCGUUUGAUUUAGACCCAAAUGAAAUUACAGCUGCAAGGUAUCUUGUUCAAGAAGCUGCUGAUAAAAACGAGUGGGAAGUCGCCAAUGUCCUUGCAAAGAGGGUAGUGGACAAUGAGUCAACGCGAAGAUUGAUUAUGCGAGGAGAUACCGAGGAUCCAUCUUGGCCGUAUCGUGUUCUUGGUUCUGGAGCUUUGAACAACCAAGAUGAUGCCAAAGCUGUGGAAUGGUUUCAAAAUGCACUUCGAACCAAUGCGAAUGAUUUCCACUGCUGGGUGGGGUUGGGUGAAGCUUACUAUAAUUGUGGUAGACUCGAUGCGGCAGCAAAAGUUUUUCAACAUGCAUUGGAGAUGGAUUGCGAGAGCGAGUGGACGAUUCAAUACAUGUUGGGGGUUGUAUUGUGUGAAAUGAAGGACUUUAAUGAAGGUUUGACAUACUUGUACUCGGCAUUGGAAGCACAACCUAAUGAAGAAUGCAUCAUUAGUGCUAUUUAUGAGGCCAAUAUCGAAAACAGUAGAAAGUUUCUUCAAUCAGGAUAUUUUGGUAGGGCAAUCAAUUCAGUAUUGAAAGCGCUUGCCUUUAUCAAACAAGGGGUGGAAAUAAACAACGCUUCGCAAAAAGUGUGGAAGACUUUGGGUGACUGCUUGAGGAUAUUUACCAAGAUCCGUGAACGCAUGGAUGACGCACCUUACGACCUCGUUUUUGACAUUUUCAACCAUGUUGACUUUAGUAACUUUGAAUUCCCAUUGAGCGAGUCAGUCUCUGUAGCUCAUGCAAAGGCCAAGCUUGAGAAGGGAAAUAAUGUGGAAACGCUUUAUUUGUUGAUCAUUUUGGCAUCUGUUGCAGCAUUGACUAGUUUGCCCUUGAAAGCCAAUAGAAUCCUCAAAGCUACUGGAUUUUACAACUUGGGUUUGUCCUUUUUGGAAAAUUUUCAAGAGUCAGGCAACUCCGAAUUCCGUCAACUAUCGGUCUACUACCUCAAACGUGCCAUCAAGAUUGAGCAGAGUAAUGCCAAUUACUGGAUUGCAUUAGGUAAUGCAUACUUUACCAGCAAUCCGCAAAUCUCACAGCAUUGUUAUAUAAAGGCAACUACAUUGGAAGUCAAGGAUGCAGAGAUCUGGGUCAAUUUGGCGACGUUGUAUUUAAAUUUUGGUGAUACUCAACUAUCUCAAGAUACGUUUUUAAGAGCACAAUCAGUAGCCCCCCAAGACCCACAAUCAUGGCUUGGUAACGCAGUUGCUUCUGAAGUAUUGGGAGACUACGACAAAGCAUCCGAUCAGUACACCCAUGCGUUUACUUUGUCCAAGGGUCGAUUAGCAUCGGCACUGUUUUUGUAUGGGUUAUCGGUUGUCAAUCGCAGCAAAGAUUGUGAUCCCAAAGAUAUUGAAACAGCUCAAGAGUUUAGCAUAAGUAAUCAGGCCAUGCAUCAGUACUUGAAGUACUAUCCUGAUGAUGAGGCUGCAUUGAGUGUGGGGCUUUCCAUUGCCGAGAGAUGCAAAGAUUUUGAUACUGCUAUUCAAUUGGGCAUCAAGUUGUGUCUGCUUUACGAAAAGCAGUACGAGGAUAUACAAAGUGAAGCUGUAUUACUGAAAUUUGCAACUACAAAAAGCCAAUUGGCAAGAUUACAGUUGGGGUUGGGUGCUCAUGAUGAUGCAAUUGAAGAAUCGAAAGCGGCCCUCGAGCUUGAUCCUGAGCUGGAACAAGUUGCCAUUUCAGCAAGAAUCACUCUUGGCUUGUCUUACUUUUUCACCAAUCGAUUUGAAGAGGCAAUUGGCGAGUUACAAAUUGUGUUGCGUGAGUAUAAUGACUCGGCCACCAUUAUAGCUUUAAUUGCUCAGGUUUUAUAUGCACAUAAUACUGAGCAAUCAAAACAAGCUGCCAUCGACCAAUUAUUUGCGCACAUCGAAGAGCACGGGUCGACCUUAUUGAUCGUGCUUACUCUUGGAGCAAUUGCUUUGGUUGAAGAUAUACCCGACUACCUCGAAGCCGUCAAGGAUGAUUUACUAGGCUUGAGUUUGAAUGAGAUUGUGGCUGAUACUAGAAGAGAAGUGCCUAGAUUGAUUGACGAGAUCCACGCGAGAUUGGGUAAUGAUGAAGCAAAGAUUUGGUGUAGGUAUGCAUACAUGUUUCCCUUUAGUUAUCAUAUUUGGAAACAUAUCAAUACGCAAAUGGCUAAACAAGUAAUAAUGUCAAGGAAUGAAAAAGUGACUGGCGAUGAAUAUGCUGAAGCUAUGGUGAGUACAGGUAAAUUAAGAGAUAUUCAACGUGGGUUGAUGAUGAACCCUUGUAAUAAGGGGGCUACAAAAGCGUUGGAAUCGUGUAUAGCUUAG